AAAAUAUUUAAUUAAUUUUUGGAAACAUUUUAACAUCUUGGAGCACCUUGGAAGCAGCGAGGCUCUCCGAAUAGCAAUGGCCAGAAGCUCGGAUGAUAGCAGCGAUGAUGAGAACGAGGAGAACUUGAGUGAAAAUCGACAAAUACUAAAUUCAAUUGACAGCUUUGAGGAACUCUACAAAACAUACAGGCCAAAGGAUGCAAAUAUUGGACCUGUGCCAUCGUGUUCGAUGUUAGAAAAAUCUGAGAACAAAUCUAAGAGCUUGAGUAGGCCUUUCUCAAAUUAUCGCAUAGCUUUGGGGCAAGGGAGUGGCCAGCAGCAGGGCACAGUCAUGGAUCAUCAGGGCUACAGCUUCAGUGAAUAUCCCAUCUGUAGAAACAGCUCACGUGCACAGCUGGCGACUGAUGCCUACAUGCCACAUACCUCUGCCUCAGAGUGCUGCUAUUGGAGCGCCGAUGCUGGCGGCCAGAGCCAGGCGGCACUUCCCGAAAGCGGUUCGCGAUCGGAGGAUACCAUUGUCAACCAUCCCGGUGUGUGUGCCGCACCAACUUCAGCUGUCGGCGAAAGCCAGUCGCACAUUUCGACACAAUGUUGCCCUAUGGGCUCAUGCUGUUUCUGUCGAAUGCCAGAGCAGGGUAUGCCUCCCCCACAGGAGCUGUCUUCGUCGGGCCCCAUGACCUAUGCGCCAUUUCCAUUCAUGCCCAUGGGCAUGCCCAUGUUCUGCCCAGGAAACGGGGGGCCAGCACCGAAUAGCGGAAUGUAUGCCAUGCCAAACGGAGGGCCAGCACCGAAUGCAGGGAUGUAUGCCAUGCAAACUUCUGCUUCAGCGAAUGGUAUGUAUGCAGCAGCCAUGGGAAUGGAUCAAUCCUCCCUCGCAGGACAACGUGGACUUGCUGGCCAGGCCGUAAACAUGUCACAAAGUAAUGCUGAGAUCAACAACAGCUAUGAUACAUCCUCGACAAGUGGCUAUACUCAGUCUACCGCCUCCAUGGGCAGCCAUCCGGGCAUGCCCGCUGCCUACCAACCAUCGAUGGCUGGAUGUGGAAGCCAAACAGAUCAGAGCUGCCAGGCUCCCGAUGCUGCGGCCGCCUACGAGUAUGUUCAAAAGUACAAUCAAAAUAUUCAGCAAUACUUGGCAACGGCACAGCAAAAUGUGCAGCAAUCCUUGGCUCAGGCCCAGCAUGCCACUCCACAGGUGUUCAACAAUCUCCAGCCAGGUAUGGGAGCGCAACCCUAUUAUCCGGGCAUUCAAGAUGGUUUCAGCAGCUCAAUGGGUCCCCAGCAGUACCUUCCCCAACCAAUGUCCAUGUCUAUGCCGGCAAUGAACCCCACGGCAGUGUUUGGCAUGAAUGCAGCCAGCAGCAGUGCCUACUAUGCCGCUGCAGGCGGCGCCAUCAAUGAUACUCUGCAGACCCAAACGGUGUACUCUUCCGACUACAAACCGAUUGCUGCACAGGGCAAUAAUUUCAAUCACUUUCCCAACGGCAUGGACAUUGGCUUGUCUCCCGAUUCCUGCUCGGCCUUUUGUGCCGCUGAAACUGGAACUGGGGCAGGAGCAGGACCUGGUGCCUUUGUGCCGCCAGAGAUGUGCAGUCAGUUGUACGGCAUGAGCAUGAAUAUGGGGAACAACCAAUCCUUUCCACUCAAUCAAAUGAACUAUGCAAGUUAUCCUUGUGAGAUGCAAAUGCCUGGCACAACUGGCACAGGCGGGGCCUAUGAUCAUACGUUCAUUAAUUCCAAAUCAAUGUAGACUCUAAUUUUUGAUAGAAAUUUACAAGAAGUAGUCUUACAUGACGUCGGGGUCACCAAACACAUACUUGAAGCCGUACAGCAACUAUUCCUUCUAACAAAAUUAAUUUUAACGGAAUUUCAAUUGGAAAUUUAGCUACAAAUUCUUUAGCAAGGACUCUAACAUGACGUCGGGGUCACCAACACACACAUUUAAGGCCACAUUGCACAUAUUUCUCCUAUUAAAAUUAAUUUCAACUUAA